AUGGGACCUCUCGGCGUCGCAUACGUGACAUGUACUGCGCCUUCGCUUCUUAGCUUUUCCACCCACACCCACCCUCACUUUUCCUUCUUUCCCCAUCUCGGCUGCAACGCCUCAUCAUUAUUGCUGAUUUCCUUGCGUGCCGCUGACCGUCCCACGUAUCUUGCUACAACAUCGGUCCUAGCCUUUUCUAAGCUGGCCGGCCCCCCAUUGCCAUUCGGCCCUCGACCUCCAAGCUCGAAUUGCUGCGCAGCGCUGCGUCUCCGCCUCCGCUCAAGAAGAACGGGCGCAAUCAGCGUGAUGUACCGAUCAUCCAUUGCCAUUCUUCUUUUCGUUCUGAGCAUUGAGCAGACUUUGGGCCUCAAAAGCGAGCGAGGCAUCAGUCGGCAGUCCAACAAAGACGCGCCGCCCGUCAAAGCAGCCCUGAAAGGCAUCAAGAUGAUCCAGACGGCCCAUGUUCACCGGCCACUCGACGAGAUUCGCGACUCGCAGCCACUCAAAGACGAUGCCACCCGACUUUUCCACAAAUACGCCCCCCAAAUCUGGCCUGGCCCCGAGAAUGACCCGCCGGCGUGGCUGGAGGAGCCUUCUCCGACGCGCCACGACGCCCGCUAUCCCAGACAAGACAUCCUCCCGCAGCGCGUGAACCGCACGCUGGCUGGCGACAAGCUCAAGCUGACAUCCUUGCAGACUGCGACACUCCUUCAUCGAGCUCGUCAUCGAGAAAUGCGUCAAUGUAAGCCGUGUCCGCGAGCCCAACGACGCGAAGAUACUUACACUGCCAUAGUUCCACGAGAAUCAACUGCAGAAGUCGCGGCUCAACAACUACAAGAGGACACUUUUCAUGAGCUCGAAGACACCACCUACGUACAUCCAGAGCAAAGCAUUGACAAGGAAGAGGAGCCUGACCAAGACUCCGGCAUUGGCGCCAGCCCACUCGAGCAGCCUAGGCUGACCGACAAAUCGCGAGCCUUCCACGAACAGUUCGCUGCCUACACGUCGCCGGUGCCCUCCGUUCCUCCUCACGGUCUGCCAUCUGUUGGUGGAGUCUAUGCGCGCCCUCCCAGUAGUCCCUCGUCGGCCGUGAGAUUUCACCAAACAAGUCAGAAGCGGCUACCUGGGCAGACACCUCCGCCGGGACGCUCCAAACGAGCUCGCGUGAUCCGAGAAGAUGGAACUAGAGCAGACUCUCUGGUGAUCAGACUGAGAGUGAGCUCUAGACGGCUCUCACGACUUGCAUCGACCGGUUCGUGUUGGUCACGAACUGAGGUGCCGAGCGCUCGGGUAGAGCCAGAUACCAUCGCUGUCGGUACACAACCGGCAAGCACUCACCCACCGCCCAACCCGAGUGCAUACGUGUCACCCUACCGGCAAACACUGCCUUGGAAUGGCGCCGGAAAUGACCAGUCUGGUGCGCCACGAAAUACAGUUCAUGUGGAUCUGACUGUAGACGAAGAUCAGCCACCACCAGCCAUGUCAGAUGUACGAGAAAUCCUCGGCGACUUCGCAGAUUGCACUGUUGCAAGGGAGUUGAUUGCCAACUAUCCAAACAUGAGCCGCGAUCGCCUGGAGAAUCUCCGAAGCGUUCUGGACGAAUUUCCGGACACAAGAGAUGAUCUCUUCCUGCUGGAGAAGCGCAUUCGUGCCCUAGCUACAGGACCCAGAGUUUUAUCGAGUGCGCAGAGACGAUCUUCAUCAGUCUCUCAGACGAGCCGGCCGGCCGUUCGCUCCAAGACACCUGCUGUCGAGCGUACGGCAAAGCUUGCGGAAGAGAUACUUGGACGAUUGUGCGCUUGCUCUGCGGCCGUUCAGGUGCUCGACUCAUAUCCUUUGAUGAGCCGCGAGCAGCUUGAAGUCCUGCGCUCGACAUUCAUCAACUAUCCCGAGACACAAACCGACUUCCCACUUCUGCAAAAGAUCGUCCGCUUCGAGGCAUUUGACGUUGUGACAGGAGCUACUGCAUUUCCUCGAAAGCGCUCUCUAGACGGCCAGCUGAAGCAAGUCACGCCUACUGUCGAGCCAAAUCGAGAAGGUUCGGCCGACGAGAGCAAGAAGGAGUCUCUCAAUACGAGACGUCUCGACAACAUCACAGUCGAGAUCAAUUGGGGUCGAGACACUGAGUACACGGAUCAUAUCGACUUGCAAGAGUUCGACAGCGGUCCGGAGCUCUUUCGGCAGAUCGAAUCUUAUUUGCCAGAUGAGUUGAAAGAGAGUGGUCGGAUCAAAGAAGUGCGCGUCAAAUGCAUAACCGACCUUCACGGCGGAAACAUUCAGCCACGGAUCGCGAGAGAUGAAGGUCGUGGGAAAGCUGCAGUUCGACAGCUGAUCAAGAAGUUGCGAGCUCAGCCAGCUGACAUGGAGAUUGAGCUUGCAUUUCUAAUUCUACUGCUGCUGCUGCUGCUGCUGUCGAAUGGCAUGGAGAUUGAGCUUGCAUUUCUGCAAGAUUCUGCUGCUGCUGCUUGCUCUGGGAGACAGCGGUCUGAUUGGAGCAAGAUUCUGCUGCUGCUGCUUUCGAAUAGCAUGGAGAUUGAGCUUGCAUUUCUGCAAGAUUCUGCUGCUACGUCAGUCAAAUUGCAUUGCUUACUCAUACGAGAGCCGUUACUGCAUAGUAUCGUAAUACAUCUUCCGAAUCGUGCAAACAUCUUUACGACACGCACUCAUUCCAUCAGACUAGAUUCAACGACAGAUGAAUAUCCUCCUCCCUUAGGAGAUUCCGAAAUCCUACAGAAGGGCCGCAUUCAAAAAAGACUCUUCAAAGGCUUACCUACGAACUCAAACUGCAUUUCUGCUGUAUUAGAACCUCGAGCUGGUCCGCUCAGUACGUCAGAUGAUGACUACACUCUGCUUAGGAUCCGAACGAUGCUGAUCAACUUCAAGCAGCCCGAGGCGCCUGUACGUCCCAAUUCUGCCACCAUCCAAGAAAUCAACGAGGAAAGCUGUAAACAACCCGAAGAAGACGUCGCACUCUCCAAGCCCAAGCCGUUCGUUCGGGCACCUUCGCAGCACAGUGCACUCUUGUAUCCACCAGCCAUGGAGACAGAGGUUCCCCGCCAUCUACCUGACCAAACGGGUCGAGACCAAUGGGCUCCACAUCGUGGGAGACGAGCGACGCCAUGGAUUGGAAACCGUCUGAUUUUGGCGAUCCCACGCGGAAAGUUACAGUACGUGACCAGGAGCAGAAGCCCACGACCACGAUGGCGCCGUGAGAGUGUCUGGCCCACCCAGCAUAAAUCUCUGACGAUGGUCGAGCGCUAUGAUCCAGCAGAUUGCUGGUCAUCGAUCCGAAACACGUGUGAUCGGCCGCCUGCUAUAUUCCUCCACGAUGAGUUGUGCCGGGGAACACACUGA